GAGAAAGAGGUCUUCAAGCAAACGCAAACCAGCCGAGUGGAACAACAGCCAAGAGCAGGGAGGAGCCAUCCUUUGGAUCCGCCUCCAUGGCUGCCGCUUCUCCCCUCGUUUCUCUUUCCCUCCUCCUCCUCCUCCUCCCAGCCUCUAACGCUAUCUACUGCGACGAGGACGACUGCUACGACCUCCUCGGGGUUAAGCAAGACGCGAACGCGUCGGAGAUAAGGAAAGCCUACUACAAGCUCUCCCUCAAACACCAUCCGGACAAGAGCCCUGAUCCGGAGUCGCGGAAGCUCUUCGUCAAGAUCGCCAAUGCUUACGAGAUCCUAAAAGAUGAAUCUACAAGGGAGCAAUAUGACUAUGCUAUUGCACAUCCAGAGGAGGUUUUCUACAACACAGCUCAGUACUAUAGAGCAUACUAUGGACAUAAAACGGAUCCUCGGGCCGUAUUAAUUGGUCUUCUUCUAGUUGUUUCAGCAUUUCAAUACAUAAACCAGCUGACAAGGUAUAACCAGGCGAUAGAAAGCGUCAAACAAACUCCUGCUUACAAAAAUAGGUUAAAAGCAUUGGAGUUUGAGCGAACAGGGGGGAUCGCAAGCAAAAAGAAGGGUCACAGGCAGGUGGACAAGAAGGUCGAACAAGAGCUCAGUAAUGAACUCGAAUUGCAGAUCCAUGGGGUCGAGAAACCAUCUAUGUGGAGGCUCUAUGGUGUCCAAUUUGUACUUUUGCCUUACUCCAUUGGCAAGGUGCUUAUUUGGGAGAUUUGUUGGUUUUGGAGAUACCGGGUAAAGAAACUACCAUAUGCAUGGGAUGAUGCGUGCUACUUGACUUGGACUUCACUCAAGAUGCCUGCCAAUACAUGGAAAAAUAUUGAUGAGUCUGUGAAGGAUAAUCUAGUCACUAGGCGCCUUUGGGAAAAGAAUAACAUGGAGAGGUACAUGGCGGAGAUGAGAAAGGAAUCAAAGCGCAGAAGAUAGCUGUAUCUUAUUUUUUGGCUAGAGAUUACAAGAGUUAUUUGACGGCACGGCAUGUAGGACAGCAUACAUACUGGAGUGAAAAAGGAAUACAUUAACUCAGUCUUGAAUUCAUCGGCGGGUCAUGAUGUGACGUCCGAAGUGUCAUGCCACAGAACAAAGAUGCAGAGUAAUUUUGUAACCCUGUGAACGAACUGUAAUCACAUCGUUGAAUGUGUAGGGUAAUUCCAUAACAGAGUAUUUGUUUUUGUCCCGUACGAUUUCCCGUCUAUUUGAAAUUAGUCGGAGGAACAUCUAUACAUGUGUAAUGGAGACUUAACCGAAGAGUUGAACAAGACAUUGUUUCUGUGAUGAGUAACGGGGUUGAAACAGUUCAUUUGUCA